CGGGCGGCGCAGGAGGCGAGCGGCGGAACAUGUAAGGGCACAUCCCGCCAGCAGCCUCCCAGCGCGCAGAACGAGCCCAGGGGAGCGGGCGUGCGGGCGGAGAGGCGCGGGGCACCCGGCAGAGGCUCGGGGCGGUCGGGCCGGUGCUCAGGGUCCCGAGCCGGCGGCGGGCGAGCGAGCAGCAUCCUCACCGCGCCUCCCGGGCGCCGCUGUCUGCAAGGCGCCCCCCCCCCCGGGGCCGCGGGCUCGGCUGGACAGGGAGCGAGGGCAGCCAGCCAGGCCAGGGCACGAGAAGCCGGCGCUGAAAAGCCGGUGACCGCCGCGCCCGCCGCAGCCACCAGCGCUGCGGGAACCUCGGGGGGCGCCCAUGACGGCGGCGGCGGCGACCGUGCUGAAGGAGGGCGUGCUGGAGAAGCGCAGCGGCGGGCUGCUGCAGCUGUGGAAGCGGAAGCGCUGCGUGCUCACCGAGCGCGGGCUGCAGCUCUUCGAGGCCAAGGGCACCGGCGGCCGGCCCAAGGAGCUCAGCUUCGCCCGCAUCAAAGCCGUGGAGUGCGUGGAGAGCACCGGGCGCCACAUCUACUUCACGCUGGUGACCGAGGGCGGGGGUGAGAUCGACUUCCGCUGCCCCCUCGAAGACCCCGGCUGGAACGCUCAGAUCACCCUGGGCCUGGUCAAGUUCAAGAAUCAACAGGCCAUCCAGACUGUGCGGGCCCGGCAGAGUCUUGGGACUGGGACCCUCGUGUCCUAAACCACGAGGUAUACCAUUUUAUCGACAUGCCCUCCCCCUCCCCAGCUCCAUGCCCAGAGGACAUGUCAGUGGAAGCUUUUGUCCCUCAGGACCCGACUACACCUCGCCUAGAACCUCAUCCACCUCCCCUUGCUCGUUUGUACCAGCGAGCAGAGUUCAGCUUCUCCGCCCACUCCGGUUGGUUGGAGCCUGACUACAUGUGACGUGGCAGAAGCUAUUAGCAUGUGGAAGAAGCAUAUCAUCACGGAAGGAGCCCACCGGCCAGGGGCGGGGAGCCGAUGAGGGGCUGAGGAUGAAGAUUCAGUUCCUGGACACUGAGACUGUUAUACCCGGCCCAGGCCUUCCAGGCGCAGGCCUGGCCUCGUGUGUCAUGAUGGAGCAUGUGAGGCUUACCUGGCAUCGAGGCCCCUCCCACUGAUCCUGCCCUUGGUUCUGGGUUCUACAGACUGCUGUUUGGCCCCUGGCCUUGAGAUUAUGCCCGGAAGAGGGCAGUGCCUCAUGGAAUGCUAAGCCAGGACCUCGGCAGAACUCAGGAGGCCGGCCUGGGAUCCAGAAGAUGGCCACCCUACCUGAGGACAACCGCUGGACUUAGCUUGCAGAUGGGGAUCUGCUGGGCAUGAGGCCUGUGCCUGGGGGUCUCUUGCUGCUUUGGUCCUUUUGGGACCCCCCAGCCACCUCUCUCUUUGCACACUUCUUCCCUCACCUCUGUUGCCCUCUCCUCACUGUGGUACUGGGCCUGGAGGUGGUGGGGGUGGGGUAAGGGUCUGGCCAUUACCAUUUCAUGCCUAUUCCAGAAUGAAGAUGCCCAUUCUGUGGGCAGUAACCA